CCGGUUCUCCACAUGGAGAAUUCAAGGAGGGACUGUAUUCUUCAGUAGCUUUACUCCCUCAGUGAUGUCGCCCUUUUCCCGUUUUUCAUCGCCAUGUUCUCGUUUCCUGCGUUACUGUUCUUGCUAACUUUGUCUGUAUGCAGUAAGGAUGGGUUGAGGGGGGUCGAGGGCGGCCGCAGCUUCGUUCUUCCACAGGACUUGCUCAACUAUCGCCCGCGGAAGGCGCGAGGGGUCUCCGCCACGCCAGCUGUGCUGGACACAGCAUUCACCCUCAGGGUUCAGGUGAAGAAUGCAGUGAGCCACCAGCUUCUGAGUGAGGUGUCUGUGGACGUCUUUGCACACUACACACUUAUCAGCUCCACUAAGACCAGCAGUGAUGGAUCCAGUGUACUCAGCAUACCAUAUGCACAGGGCAGGGCACUCACCCUGGUGGCCAGCAAGGAUGGCUACAUCCAAACAGCACUGCCUUGGAAAACCACCAAGAGACCAAUAUUUUCAUCUGUGACUUUGUCACUUUUCUCCCAACACCAAGGAAACAUAUGGCUAUUUGAAGAUUCUGUCCUCAUAACAGGCAAAACCUCUGAUUCCAUGCCCCAGCCAAAUGUGCAGUUCCCAAAGAGCCUGCUGUCUUUACCAGUGAGCAACAUCUCGUCCUUAACAGCCUACCUGACUGGGCCUCAGAAACACUACUUCCCCUACACCACAGGAAUUAUCGUUAGCAAGUCAGGGUAUAGGAGUAUUGAACUAAAGCCAGUUGCUGCAGUUAGUGUCCAGCUCCUGUGUAAUGGAGGAGAAGUCCAGGUCACAGGGCCUAUCCAGAUCACUCUGCCUCUCUCAGAAAGCAGCCAAUCAAAGCCUUCUGACACUAUCCCAGCCUGGUCCUUCAACAGAAAGACUGGAGCAUGGGUUAAUCGUGGUCUGGGAACAGUGAAGAAGGAGGACAGCCGUUUGGUCUGGGUAUACGUCGCUCCCCAUCUUGGCUACUGGAUUGCUGCCCCUUUUCCCUCACCCACAGGUUACAUGGGAGGUGAAAGCACUCUAGACUUCAUUCCAUACCAUACGCACCUUCUGAUGGCAACACUAGGUGGAACAUUAGUGAUUGCUAUUGGACUGUUUGGUGUGGUGACUUGCUACUGUAGGGACUCUCUAUGUAAAUUAGAGAGGAAGAGAGUCAGCAGCACAACAAAAGCAGUUCAGAAGAAAGAUCAGACCACCUACACAAACAACAGUGACCACCUGGACAUUUCCUUCAAAAACCCAGAGCACUCUCCUGAGGAGAGGUCUCACACAGCUGCAUCUCAAAGUACUUGUCAAAAGAAUCGGUCUGUCAACUGUGAGAUCAAAGGGAACUUCAGUACCUUUAAGAAGAAAAGUGGGCUUCCAGCACUUCAUAUCUAUGAAAAUUUUGGUGGAAUAGUUGCAGAAUCUUCAAAGCCCUUACAGCAGCCUCACCUGUGUAUCACCAGCAGUGAGCUAGUGAUGCCUGUAUCUCUGAACGAAAAUAUAUUUCUUCCAGAGAGUUUAGUCCUCUACAACCAGCCUGUGGCUAUAUUACAGGUACCAGAGGGCUUUAGGUCAUCAGGGAAAGCAUCGGGCAGCAGGUCCGCCACACUACCCAGGAAAGUUGUCCAGUAUGAGAAUCUGAAAAAGCCAGUUAGCAAGGACACGUUUGCACAAACUUUACCAAAACCAAAUCAGCUUUCAGACAUCCAGCAACAGCUCAAAGAAGAAGUAGUUACCAUGAAGAUCACAUAUGGGGACCCUGGAUUGUCUAGCAGUCCAGGAGGCUGGAGCUGCUUUAAUGGCUUGCUGGAGUCCGUGUCCGUUCCAGGAACCCUCAAUGAAGCUGUGGGGAUGGACUCCUUCUGCGAACAUCAUCAGGGAAUUUCAGAACAGACUCUGCUAGAAUUGUCCAAAAGUAAGCCCUUCCCUCACCCCAGGGCUUGGUUCGUCUCCUUGGAGGGCAAACCUGCUGCUCAGGUACGUCACUCUGUCCGAGACCUUCGAAGAAGUCACCUCCUCACUGACAGCAAUGACACCAGUCUGGACUCUGGGGUUGACCUGAAUGAGCAGCAGUCAGCUCGGAAGCAUGUGAGGAGCAUGGCCCAGAGUCGACCUCUCUGCUCAGAAGAUGUCGAUCUGAGCAGCAGUGAGAGUGGAACAACCACAGCUUGCAGCCCAGAGGAGCCUAUCCUCAAAAACACCCUCCACAGCAGCAGCGGGACCAUCUCCAACCUUCCAGAGGACAGACAGCCUGCAGACAUGUCCAAGACACGUGAGGGCAGUGAGUGUGCGACCAGCUCACGAGUACACAGAAUUGGAAAGUCAAAAGAGAAGGGACGAGUGGACACGCUGAAAAACACUUGGCACCUAAGGGAGGAGAGGCCACUUUGGAAGCUUAACUAAAGGCAUGCUCAGAGUUUGAAAGGUUGUUUAUGUUGAAACAUACCCCAUUAGCAUUGAUCAGCUGAUCCAAUAUCCAACAGUUCAGUUUUCCUACCAAAUUUCAUCUUUCUUUCAUUUCCUUCUUUUUAUGUUAUUGUGUUGAGGGAAUAAAGGGGAGCUUGGGAAAUCCUCUUAUUUAGUGUUUAUAUUGAAACACAGAAAUGUGAUCUUAAUUACUUAGUUACAUUUUUUUUGUUUUUUGUUUUUUUUGUAAUCAGGUACCUGAAUCACAUUUACCAAAAAUAAAUAAGCUAAAUGUUACACACAGACUUGGUCCACUUAAAAAAUACCAAACAUUGUGUGAUUAACAGCCCACACUAUAAAUAAAUAGUUCUCUAAAGCAAUAUGAGUUAAAAGAAUUUAAUUCUAUACAACAGAAAUCUUGGUUUUGAUGUUUCCUUUGAACUAAUAUUAAAACACCUUUUAACUUCUAAGAAUUACACACAUCAACAAAACCUAAAAUAGAUCACAUUUGAUUUUUACUUUAUUGAUCCCAGAGGGACUGGUGACCUGUUCAGGGUGUAUCCUGCCUUCUGCCCGUUGACCGCUGGGAUAGGCUCCCGGAAGGAGGAGCAGCUUAGAAAGUGUGUGUGUGUGUAUGUGUGCGUGCGUGCGUGCGUGCGUGCGUGCGUGCGUGCGUGUGUGUACAUUUUGAAAAAACAGUAUACCAGUUUCUAUACAGACUGUAUCAUUUGUACAAUAUAGGUAGGCAAUAUAGUUAGAAAAUAUAAGAGUCUGUUGUACUCAACAUGUUUGCGUCAAUCCCCUAAUUGUAUAAAUACAAUACUGCCUUACCAAUAUGACUUUUCCUACUUUAUGUUCUGUUACAUUGCAUUAUUGUUGUCAAACACCAAAUUAACAUUUUCAUGACUAAAUAAAAGGUCCUUUGUGACAAUCAGCA